GCAGAUGGCGCUGUAAACUGCGGUUAGAGAUGUGAAAACUGGCGCGUUUGAAUUGCUGUCAGAGCUUCAAGCGGACUGGAAGCGUACUCGGUGCUGGCAUGUUUUUGGCUCGGUUUGACGGACAGUCGAGGUUCCUCGUCCGUGCUCUGAUGUCCGGAGUUUCGGGGGCUCAGACGGCGCUGACAGUCUUCCACAAGCAGCAGCGAGCGAACCCGGAGAAAUCCCUGGAUCACUUCAUAGAAACCCUGUGUCAGGACGAAAUAACCAGUGUAGAAAAUGAAAACGAGCCACUCACCGUUAAACCACUUGUUUGCCUGUUUUCAUCACUGUUCAAAAGAAACCUACUGACCUUCAUCUACCUGGUGCGCUCUGUUCUUUCUGGAAUCUCCAUCCUCCAUUUGCUCACAUGUCUCAGUCGGGACUCCCAUCCCAACCCCUGGGUUACAGCUUUGGGCUCACAGCUGAAAAGAUUUCUGGACUUUACUCAAGAUGAACCUCUGCACACCAAACACUGCAGCCAGAGGCUGAAAGAGCUAUCAGCCAGUUUGUGUGGUUCUGAUGAAACUGGGCGUUGGGCGCAGUGCUUUAUUGCUCACUCUAUGAAUUCGGAAUCUCAGAGCACACCUGAUUUAUCAGAACGGGGCACGCAGAGGAAAAGGAAAGGCAGCUAUGGUCAUGUGGAGGAUGCAGACGGUGAAGAAACUGGACAUCAAAGUAAACGAGUGAGGAUGGAUGCCUGUGAGGAUGAGUGCAUCAAAGCAGCAGAUGAGAAAGUGGAAAAGGAUGUACAUGGAGAAUGUGGAGCAGAAAGUCCUCUAGCAGACCGUCUGCAGGAUGACCUGCCUGAAAACAUUAAGUCCUCCUUUCUUCAAAUAAAAGAAGUGCUGGAAAGUCAGACAGAGUGGGAUGAAAACUCCCAAAAUAUGUUCAAUGUGCUGAAUGAGUGUGACCCAGGCCAAGUGGAGGUGUUCUGUAGCCUGCUGGGUUUAGCUGAACUACCUGAACACACUCUGCAGAAGCUGUGCAACAGCAUUCUGUCUCUCACCCCUGACCUGAGCUACAGUACAGCAGCGACCCUCAUCAAGAGCCUCCUGCUGGAAAAGGUUCUGUCCCUGUCAGAACCGGCCUCCAGGUGUCUGGUGAUGGCAGUGAUGUCCCUCUGUAGCCACUAUCCCAGACCUGUGUGUCACGCUAUGAUUGGUCCAAUGCUGGAGGACAAGAACAUUGGGUUUCCACAAGCGGAGCUGCUGAACAGGCUGAUGGAAAGCUGCCUGGAUUCCCACUACAAACAGCUGGUUCUUCAAAUGACUUUCAGAAUUCCCUGGAGUGAAGCUGUGCUCUCUAUUAUCCACAGCUUGCUUGACUCAAAGCCUGACUUAAAUGAAGACAUUUUCACCGACUUCACAGAAGAACUUGUCCGUCAGAGUCCCCGAUUCACCAAAUCUGUCAAGUUUGCCAAAAUGAUGCUGACAGUUCUCACUAAAUUCAGCAGCCAUCUGAGUCCUGCACACAAACACUCCCUGACAAGCUGCUUGAAUUUAAACGAGACGUUUCUGAAGAAAUCGCUUCAAGCUACUUUGAAGAGAAUCACGAACACAUGAUUCAUGAUUAAACUCACUGCAUGUUGAUAAAACUGCUGGAAAUAAAGUUUAUGUGAAUUACUGGA